AUGGAGAUUGCGCCUGCGCUACCCAUGUAAGACCACCAGGUGUCCCUGUAGCAGCAGCCCCUGCUCAAGCGCCUCCAAGCUCCCCACCACUCAGCUCCUAGACUUUAAAGUGAGACUGAUACACGGGAUUUCACUUCCGAUUCUCUAAGCCGCACCACCACCACGCCAUAACUUCUGAUUCUACUUUUUAUUAAUGCCUAACAUGAAGCUGUCCAAUCCGUGCCAAAAUCUUCAAUUCCUUCGUUGCUAACUAUGGGCACCCUUUUUGAGGUGGGAAGCAUUAAAAAAAGCUUUCAUGCGAACCCGAAAUUUCCCUGCCCAGGUUUCUCUACAACUUUCUUUUCAGGGGGUUGGACUCGAUGGCCCUUGUGGUCUCUUCCAACUCUAUGAUUCUAUGAUUCUUAUUUCUGAGCUCCUGCCCCUCUGCUACAGCUUGCCGGAAGUGACGUUUCCAGGUCCUUAAUAUCCCUAGCUAGCUAACCUCACAGAAGCUAAUAUAACAAUUAAAGUCUGAAAUAUUCAGCCAGGACGUUUUUCGAUGAUAAAAUACACGUUAGGGUUCUGUUUAGGAGGAGCAGAGGCUUGAGUGACUCCGCCUUUAUGUCCUUCUGUGCUCUCGGUGUGGCUCUCACCCGAUCUGCCAGGACCCUACAGCGGCGUCCCAUCAACCCUUGCGCCUUCCGCCUUCGCUCUUUCUCUCCGCGCUCGCUCCCUGCGCGGGUGCCGCCAUUCUUCAGCAGGUAAGUCCGGGAGAUCCGUUGUCAUCCUUGCCGGGAGAGGCUCCUGGGAGAACUUUGCCGCUUCCAGGGGCAGCUUGAGGCCUUCUCUGUCGGGGCCGGUCGCUAUUUCCAGGCGCGCUGGGGGGGGCGGGGAGUUUGGGGGCGCUCUUGGGGCGAAGCUCGGUUUCCCUUUGCUGAGCUAACUUGGCAUGGAGAGGGCGGCAGGCGAGGGCAAAGCAGACAAGCACAAGGGCCUGAAGGCUUAGCCCUCGCUCGCCAGAGUAGCACCAUGGGUCCUCCGUGGUGGUCCAUGGAGGGGAAACUGGACAGAACUCCUAAUAGGGUUUGAGCUUUUCCGACGAGUAAAUCUUUAUCGAAGGUGGAAGGCUUGGCUUCAAAUAAAGAAGUUGCUCACAAACUGAGCUUUUUCGCCGCGGAUAAUUCAGCUUUCUAAAUCGACCUUUGCAACACAGCGUUUAGCACAGUCAUAAUGUGCAUUUAGGCCGAAGUAAACCCCAUCGCCUUCUCCUGAGGCUUAAGUGUGCAUAAGGUUCUGGCCCUGAUUUACCUCGGCUGGAUUUUUGUGAGUGUGCGCGCACGUGCAAAAUGCAGCACCUUUGGCAUAAUCUUUGACAGUGAUACUUAUUCGGAAGUCAGUUUUAUCGGGAAAAUUCAUAAAGGUGUAGCAGAUCAAUGUAUAUUUGUUAAUAGACACGAGUAACUUGGGUUCAUUCAUUUCGGGGGCCCUGCUGAGUACAAUUUGGUUGGAUGCAACCCAUAAAUAUUUCAUAGGUGUGAACAUUUGUGUACCAUCCACCUUCAAUCAGCAUGUGAAGUGGGAUUUAAAUUACUGUACUGUCCCUCGCUCAACCUCUAUAUAUUUGGUGGAAGGUGUGAGGAUUCUAUUUGGGUACAGUGGACACUUGGGUUGCGAAUGUUAUCUGUGCGGGAGGCACGUUUCGCAACCCACAGCGCGCGCACGGGUCGCAAUUCGUUACUUAUGUGCAUGCACAAAACGAUUUAGCGCAUGUGCGUGCGCCGAAACCCAGAAGUAACCCAUUCUGGUACUUCCAGGUUUGGCGCGGUGCGCAACCCAAAAACGCGCAGCCUGAAGCUUCUGUAACCCGAGGUAUGACUGUACAAUUGUAGGCACAGUUGAGGAGCUUUGCCAUCAGCCACAACUCCCAAGUGAUGGAAUACGCAAAUAAAACAUCAUGAGAACAAGUCUACAGUUAGUUACCAUUUUGAAUCAGCCCAGUCCGCUUGUAUUAUAUCUGGUUAAUGUUACUGAUUUUAUGAAAUAUUUUUUAAAAUGGAAAACUUAACAUGGAAAGAUAAUAGCAAGAGGAUAAUUUCUGUGAAAUCUUGCAGCUCAUUUUACUAGUAAUGGGUUUACUUACAGCAUAUGUUACACAAAGCCCAUUAAUAAUAUGUAUUUUAGGCCUAGGACAUUACUGGCAUUUUUUAAAGGUUUCUCUGCACUAAAUAGAUGUGGGAGAAAAUAAUUCAGAGGUUCAGCUCUUAAUUUGAUUACCUCCCAGGACUGGAGAGCUUUUCAUGCUCUUCCAGCUUUGGACAUGGUAGGGAGAAAAGAUGCGCUGCUACAGGGUGGUUUUUGUUUUGUUUUUUAGGGUAAUUAUUUCCUAUAGUGUGUUGAUUCCUUAGGUGUGCUCUGUUUUUGUUAGACACGAUGCCAGCCCUCAGACCCCUCAUCAAGCCUAAGAUCGUCAAGAAGAGGACCAAGAAGUUCAUCCGCCAUCAAUCUGAUCGCUAUGUCAAAAUUAAGGUAAGGUGUCCUUUUGAUGAAUCACCAGAUAUUAAAAUACUCAAGAGUGCCAGCUUGUGUUUUGGUUUUGCAGCACUGACAUGGUAAUAUAUUAGAUCUCUGAAAAGAUGGUGCAGAUGUUGAGGUUUUGAUAUUCUUUCUCCCUGGAUUUCUAUAGCGUAACUGGAGGAAGCCCAGAGGUAUUGACAACAGAGUCCGCAGAAGGUUCAAGGGCCAAAUCUUGAUGCCCAACAUUGGGUAUGGUAGCAGUAAGAAGACAAAGCACAUGUUGCCUUCAGGAUUCAGAAAGUUCCUUGUCCACAACGUCAAAGAGCUGGAGGUGCUGAUGAUGAGCAACAAGUGAGUUGGAAAAGGGAUUCAGGGAUGCCAUGUUGUGUUUGAAGAUUUCUGGCUUGGUUGCAGGAGUAGUAGUCACUGAAUGCAAAAAGAUUUUGGGAGUUGUGGGAUCUAGCUCAUCUCUCACGCACCUGUUUUUCUUUUCUUUAAUGGGAUACUGCUACUAGCCAUCUCUUCCCCAUCCGUUUCUUUCCUUUUUCCUUUUGGAUCUUCCGCUUUUCCUGUGUAGGAUUAGAACUCAAUCUGUCACUGCUGGAAGCUUUACCACUAGAAAAUCUCCUUGUAUAUUACAAUAUUAAUAUUUCUUUAAUGUCAUAAUGCUGAGGGGAGGAAGAUUGUCUUCGCGCUUGGGAAGGUCAUUGCAUCCAUUAUAGUGUUCAAAGUACAGCAGAGUAUCAGUUGGUACCAUUUAGGUAUCUGCCUCAAAGAUAAUUCUGUAGAGGUUUGGGGAUGGUUGAAAUUUGAUGUAGGGAAAUCCUGGUUCAGAUUCCUGUUAGGCAGCCUGGGACAGGUUCUCUGUAAACUCUACCACAGUGCUAGUAGGCUAAAAUGCCACACAGAGCUCUUUGAGGAAGGUUAUAAUGUCCUAUUGAUUCCCCAAUAUCUAUUCAGCUCAGUCAAAUGGGGAACAGCACAGCUCGGGCAGGUUUUCUUACUGGACCCAAUCAAAAUGUGCAUAACUAUACUGCUGUUUUCCAUUCACACCAGCGGGUAAUCUUUGGUGUUGUGGUCCCUCCCUUCAAAUUACUCCUAUCUUUCCUCAGUCUGAGUAUAUGAGUGGGUAUUUCUGUACCUGUGGGCCCAAUCAAGGCUAUUAAUUUUUUUGUAUAGUUUUUGUGCAAAAUCUCAGUUAAAAACGUUUAACUACAGUAGAUGUACCUGGAUUUUGUCUUACAAUGUUGCGAUCUUGAGAACGUAGUUCCUCUGAGCUGGGUUGUUGGAAUUUCAGUGUGCCUUCAGCAAGCAGUGGAAAUAGGCACACACUCAUUGUUUGGACCAUUGAAAAGAACAACUCGGGUGUAGCAAUAAAGACCACCCACAGAAACAUCACACCCAUUACAAACUGGCCACCAAAAAAAGUACUUCGAAACUUGCACAGCACUGAUGACGGCAGUUGUAUAAUGUGUUGUUUUCACAUAAUGAAUUUUCUGUGGCAAGACAAAAUAAGAUUAAAUCUAAAAUGGUAUGCUGGGAUUUUGAUGACGUUGCAUGGAUGCUAUGGAAACCUGAGCAGCACCUGCUGCACAAUAAUCCUCCAUCUGGACUGUCCUUGGAGAACAAUGUCCUUGGGAGCUAAGGAUCCCAUGGUCUACCUUGAUCUGGAAGCUCCUUACACAUUAUUUCCUUCAGUCUUCCAGUUCGUUUAAGCCUGUGUGUGGUAUUGUAACAAAUGACUCCCUUAUCCUUUCUGGAGUCUUCAAGUUGCAUUUAGAACAGAAAAAAACUAGGCACUCCUUUUGGAAGCAUACUGCUUCCACAUAUCUAAAUGCCUCCAACCCCUAUGUCAAAAGCAUCCUGCCUGUGGAAAGUGACAUUUGAAUGCAAAGGCCAUUUCUCCUGCACAUAGACUUUAACAAAGACAUGUUGUUUUUGACAUAAUAGUACAGUAGUAGUUCAACAUAAUGUCCCACUUGCAGGUGGAACAUUUACAUUAGGACUGUUGUGCAAUUUUCCUUAAUAUGUAAUUACCCCUCUAAUUUCCUCAAUACAUACUUGACUACUUCACGGACCUCCAGCAUCUUAGAUUCUCACUCAGCCUUUCCUAGAAUUAGAUUUAAAAUGGUAAUGAACUGUUCGUGACACAAUGCCAUUAUCUUUUAUCAGGUCCUAUUGUGCAGAGAUUGCUCACAAUGUUUCAUCCAAGAAUCGGAAGGUAAUUGUGGAAAGAGCAGCUCAGCUUGCUAUCAAAGUCACCAAUCCAAAUGCCAGACUGCGCAGUGAGGAAAAUGAAUAA